CGUCAUCAAUCAUUGCCGCUGUUUUGGCUUUCCGCUGUCUCUCUCUUCAUCGAUUUUCUGACCCUUGGAGAUUUUGGAACCGAUCUGAGGCGAUUUGUUCGUUUCAAAUCAAAAGUAAUUAGACUUGACACUGUUUUUUCGGUUUGCAUGGCUAAAUUAUCCUUUCCUCGGAGCGUUUCGCGUUUUUCCGCCGGAAAGAUGUGGUCGUAGGGUGUAACGGGGGUGCCACUAUAAAUCGAUGGGGUUGAGCACCUUUGUGUUUUGCCCGACGCAGGCUCGACGCGCUUUGACACUGUCUGACUAAAUUGUUUUCACUGAUUGUGACUUGUGACGCCGCAAAUGUGACGAUUUCUUCGUCGUUAUAAAUUUUCAAUUCAAUUCUGCAGUGAUUCCGUUUUGGAUUUGUCCUGGACCAUUUAGUGCAAUCUUUUAAUAUGAAUUGAAGAGCUGUUUGCAGGUUGUUAGAUAAAUUGACAGUUGAUAUUCAAAAUGUGAGCGAUUUAAAUCAAAUCACCCAUUAUGCAAGAAUCUAGUCAAGAAACAGUCACUGAACCGGAUGUAGGAGUCAGUUCUUCAGUCAUACUGCAUUCCUCUUCGUCUGAGAAUGGCGCCAAAACCACAACAAAUGAAGCCCAAGCUGGCUCAUCCAGCACUGGUAUUCCUAGCUUGGCCAAAUAUUGGGUUGUGACCAACUUCUUCCAAGGGCCAUCCUCACCUUACAGUCUACCAAGCAAGAGCGACAAAGAGGCUGAAAUUUGCACAGUUACUGAACUAAACAUGACCAGUGGACAGUCAGAAGCCCCGCUGGAAACCAUCAAUCAAACGGACCUGGCGCAACCCACUGGCGCCGGAGACAGUCAAAUUGAAAUCGCCUCAAUUGAGCUGAACAAGUCUAACAAAGCUGGAGAACAAAACCAGAUUCAGUCAACAGAAACCCUAGUCAGCUGUGAAGUACCAUGUGAUCUCAACUUAGGCGAGCAAAAUGUGCAGCAGAGCAAUCUUGCCUUGAGCCAAAGUGUUCCCGAGCAAGAGAAAACUUCUGCCCCGACUGAAAAGAGUGACAUCAAAUCUGCUGAGGCUUUCAAGGAUAAUGCCAAGCAUUCUGUGACCAUGCUAGGUUUUACCGAUCUGAAAGCGUCUGUUGAGCUCCGCAACAUCGACGGCAGCAUAUUCAAACCAAUCAACGACCCAGAAUUAGCUAAAACCUUGGGAAUUGAGGUUGCGCAGAAUUUGUACAAAGUCAACGUUGACGAAAUCAAUCAGCUGCUGGCCUACCACGAGGUGUUCGGGAAACUGCAGACUGAUAUCACGAUUGCACCCUCAAGCUCCGCCACAUCCACCCUAGUCAACAACACCAACUCCAUCCAGAUCAUGCCUCCUCCUUCAAAGUCUUCAGACCUUGACCAACUCGGAAGUGCCCAUUCGUGUGAACUGUGCGGCAAAAUGUUUUCUUACCGUUAUCAGCUCAUUGUCCACAGAAGGUACCAUACAGAGAAGAAGCCGUUCACUUGCCAGGUUUGUGGCAAGGCCUUCAACAGCAACAACGAGUUAAGCAGGCACGGAAAGUGCCACCUCGGAGGCAGUCUGUACACUUGCAGCAUUUGCUUUCACGUUUUUGCUAACGCGAGUGGCCUGGAGAGACACCAAAAGCGUCACUCUGGGGAUAAACCCUACCUAUGCGGAACGUGCGGCAAGUCUUUUGCCAGGAAGGAGCACCUGGAGAACCACAACCGCUGCCACACGGGCGAAACGCCGUAUCGUUGCCAGUUUUGUGCCAAAACUUUCACCCGUAAGGAACACAUGGUGAACCAUGUUCGUAAGCACACCGGUGACACCCCUCAUCGCUGCGACAUCUGCAAAAAGUCUUUCACAAGAAAGGAGCACUUCACAAACCACGUCAUGUGGCACACCGGCGAGACUCCGCACGCUUGCCACGUGUGUGGGAAGAAGUACACGCGCAAGGAGCACUUGAACAACCACAUGAGGAGCCACACCAAUGACACUCCAUUUCGUUGUCAGAUCUGCGGCAAAUCUUUCACCAGAAAGGAGCAUUUCACGAAUCACAUCAUGUGGCACACAGGAGAAACACCUCAUAGGUGCGAUUUUUGCUCGAAGACAUUUACUAGAAAGGAACACCUGCUGAACCAUGUGAGGCAACACACAGGAGAAUCUCCACACCGAUGCAGCUUCUGCUCCAAGUCUUUCACAAGGAAAGAACAUCUAGUGAACCACAUUCGGCAGCACACAGGCGAAACGCCAUUUCGCUGCCAAUUCUGUCCUAAAGCCUUCACCAGGAAAGACCACCUAGUCAACCACGUGAGGCAGCAUACUGGCGAAUCGCCUCACAAAUGCCAGUACUGCACCAAAACAUUCACUAGAAAGGAGCACCUGACCAACCACAUCAGGCAGCACACUGGCGAGUCUCCUCACAGAUGUCAGUUCUGCUCGAAAACGUUCACAAGAAAGGAACACCUAGUGAAUCACGUCCGAAUACACACUGGGGAGUCGCCGCAUCGCUGUGACUUCUGCAACAAAACCUUCACAAGAAAGGAGCACUUGACCAACCAUCUGAGGCAGCACACAGGAGAGACGCCCCACUGCUGCAACGUCUGCUCCAAACCUUUCACAAGGAAAGAGCACCUCUUAAACCACAUGAGGUGUCACACAGGUGAGCGUCCUUUUGCGUGCACUGAGUGCGGAAAGUCUUUCCCGCUGAAAGGCAAUUUGCUUUUCCACCAGCGCUCGCAUCAGAAGGAACGACCAUUCAGUUGCGAUGUUUGCGGAAAGGAUUUCAUGUGCAAGGGACACUUGGUCAGUCACAAGCGAAGUCACGACUCAGAAAAGAACUUUGUCUGCGGUACAUGUGGCAAGUCAUUUGUGGAGAAGACAAACAUGCUGCGGCACAUGAAGAAGCACGGUGAAAACGCUGCUGAGUCUGCAAACCAGUCGCAGCAACAACAGCAACAGCCAGAAGAAACAGCUCCACUGGCAAACGCGAUGGUGCCGAUUUUGCCACCAAAUGUGCCGGUUGUUGCGGCCACCUUUUAAGGAUCUCAUUUGCGCUGGCAAAGCAUUCUUGUACCUGCGGUUUUCAGGAUCAAAAUUUCUCAUUACUCUUUGGCUGCCAACUGCAUACUUGCUAUUCUUUAAAACACAUUGAAAAUACAAAUUUUGAUCUCUCUCCCUCGUCUUCUCAAAGACUUUGAAACGUUGAAUUUUGUAAAAACUCUUGGAUGCUCAAUAAUUGAGCCUGUAUACUCUACUUUUUAGCAAUCUUGUUUCAAGGGAGUAGUUAGAUGUUGCCAUAGCAGAAAGUUGAGUUGAAGAUCAUUUUCUCAAUAGUUCUGUGAAGUCUUUUGGAAAACUGGCUUUUCUUAAAAAUUUGCAGAUUUUUGGAGAAAAUAAAUCAAUAUUUACAUUUCAUGUUGAAUCAUGAAAAAAAAUAAAUGAAUCCUGGCGUUAAUCAGUUAGCAUCUCGAUUUUUAAGCUCGAUACUUCUCACAACGUAAUACAGAAAUGACAGAAAUUGAUCAGACGGAAAACAGGAAAUGUUUUAAUGUCUGUCCUUUAGAAGCGCGGAUCAUGACUUAGGCAUACAAAUAUUUAGCAAUUUUGCAGCCAAAUACCUUUUAGAGAGUACAAUGUCUCCCUUGAAAUAGCACUAUACUUAAUUUUCUUAGGAGAUAAGAGUAACAACAAAUUUCCCUAAAAAGUGUGAUUGUUUGAUUGAAAUAUUUUUCAACUUUUGUGAUUUUCGUACAAUUGAACGAAUAGAGCUGUUAGUACAUAUUUAUAUUAGAUAUGAAUGCCAUUCCGUACUGUAAUAAAAUUAUACUUCUGUUGAAGAUAAUAGCUACUACUAUUAUUAUUAUUAUGUUUUAGUACAAGUUGAUGUUCUCUUGUGGUAUGAACUGAUGAGACCAAUUUAUGAUAAUGAUUGUUGAUUCAGUGAAAAAUUGAAAAGAAUUUGGAAAAAUGUGAGUACACCGACAAUGAAAGAUUUGUCAAACUCGUAGACCUGUUUUUGUGAAGAAAUAAAAAAUAAGCCCUAAUAAAAUUGUUGCUGAUCUCAAUUGUUCUAUCAAGUAAA